AUGGAAAAAGCUUUCCUGUUCAGCAGUGCAAUUGGUAGUUUUAGCGAAGUCCAGUCCAAAGCACAUGCAAAAGCAUUCAAAGUGUUUUGUGGAUGCAUUUUAUUUGGCAAGGGGCCCGACAAAAACAAUACGGAGGGCCUAAGGAGUGCUUUGGCCCGUCUACGCAACAGAACGGGCCCCUCACUUCCGCCAACCAACUCCAACUCCAACUCCACUACCCAACCCUCCAUCAACCAGCCAACGCCACCCGCCUCGCCGCUCCUCGCCAACAGCUCGCACAACAAUUCCUCGCCCAACAGUCGAAGCAAUCGGAAUAACGGUAGUCGUCGUGCAUCGACUGCAACAGUUGCUGGUAAUAAUAAUCCGAUAGUGGCCAGCAGUGUUGCUAACAGCAAUUCCAAUUGUGGUGAUACACCGGCAUCGGCAAUAACAACAAAGACAACUGGAGCACCUUCCAAUGGCUCAACAAGUGCACAAAAUCGUGAUCGCUAUGUUCCUGGCUCGCCAAUAUUUCGCGAUGAUUGUAAAACCCCGCCGAUAACACAAGCCCCACCAUCGACGCCGAAGAGUAGCGGUAAAGGCUUUGGCGCUAAGAAUUUCCAUGCCAUGACCGUGUCGGUUACACAAAACUCAACGCAAGGAGGCGCAACCAUUACAACCACGACCACCACGAAGACGUGCACGGCUUCCAGCUGUUACGCUUCCACUCGUUCCGCAGCCAUGAUGGCACUCGCUUUGGGUCAUCGGCCGAAAAAUCCUGCAACAACCGUGAAAAAUACUGGCAAAAACAACACUACUAACAGUAAUCACAUACCGUCGUCGACCAACAACAAGACUAACAAAAUGAAUUCCAAUAACAGCCCUCCUCCUGCACCACUAGCCGACGGUGUUUACAAUAAGUCGCCCAAUACUAACCAACGCCACAAUGUGAGCAGCAGCCACACCAACACCAACGUUAAUAAUCGUCACACUACCGUUGCCGCUGUCGUGCACAUGAAUGGUGGCACUGGCACCAAUAUUGGCUUUGGCAGCGGUGGCAGCGCCUCAAGCGGCUCGGACAAUGAUGGUUUCAACAACUCGUCCUCGUCCUCGGCCACAGCGUUGCGUCGUUUUUACUUCAAGAGUGGCCGUAAAUCAAAAAUGAACUCCACCGCUACCACUUCGAUGACCAGCAUACCGUUAAAUGCCAUAUCCACGGCAGCUGCUGCAUUUCACACGUCGAUAAGUGGCGCACUGCCACCAAAAAUUGCUGCCGCAGCCGUACCAAAGGAACAAGUGUCUUAAACAUGCUGAUGUCAUUUGUCCCACCAAGUAUCGACUUCAUGUUUGAUAAUUUUCAACUUCGUAGCAAUAAAACAAUAAACAUUGUGUCUGCAGCAAUAUUUGAACCGUUAUUCACACGCUUAACAACGGCAAACCAUAACCAUUCGGCUUUCAUUUUGAUACCAAAGUAGCGAUAAAAC